GGGCGCAUUAUGCUUGUAUACAAAUAGCAGAAGUCAAAUUUCCCUAUAAUACAACUCUAAAACAAAUCCCAAUAAAUACAUGAUUAAGAGAGUGAUUGACCUAAUUAGAAGAAUAAGAAUAAGUUAGUGAAAGGAUUUAUAUAUAGAUUUAUUUGUUUUAUCUUUGUUUGAUAAAGCAGGAGAAAUCUCGCCCCCUUUCUCCUUCUCCAAACACACGCACUAUUCUAAAAAACACACACACACGCAGACUAUACUACACAGUAGUACAUAAUCCACACGCUCAAAUUCAUGCACGCCAAUUAAAUCACGCAAUUGCGUCAAAUUCCCGCAGAAAUUCUUCUUGGUAUUGUGAUGUAAUUUUGCGAUGACGGGUCGAGAAGGAGGGUACGUUGUACCGGCGGAUCCUCUGAAUGCCGUCGGCGGGUUGAAGAAGAAGGGCGGCGGGUCGCGCAGCUGGAUCCUCUUGGAUUCCUCGGGUCAGGAAAUCGUUCUGGAUGUCGACAAAUACGCGAUCAUGCAUCGCGUGCAGAUACACGCUCGUGACCUUCGCAUUCUCGACCCACUCUUGUCGUACCCAUCCACCAUCCUCGGCCGCGAGAGAGCCAUUGUUCUCAAUUUGGAACAUAUCAAGGCUAUAAUCACAUCUGAAGAGGUUUUACUUCGUGAUCCAUUGGAUGAUAAUGUAGUUCCUAUAGUGGAGGACCUCCGAAGGCGAUUGAAACCACUAAAUGAUAAUCGAGAAGUUAAUGGUGAUGGCAAGGAGUUGCCUGCGCAGCAUGAUGUUGAGACUGGUGAAGAAGACGAUUCUCCAUUUGAAUUUCGGGCCCUUGAGGUGGCAUUGGAAGCUAUUUGUAGUUUUCUUUCUGCUCGCACAAUCGAAUUGGAGAGUGCAGUUUACCCAGCUUUGGAUAUGCUUACGUCAAAGAUUAGUAGCCGUAAUUUAGACCGUGUACGGAAGUUAAAGAGUCAAAUGACAAGGUUGACUGCUCGUGUGCAAAAGGUGCGAGACGAGCUGGAACAGCUUUUGGAUGACGACGAUGAUAUGGCGGACCUUUACUUAUCCAGGAAGUUGGCUGGUGCAUCACCUGUGAGUGGCUCGGGUGUGGCUAGUUGGUUCUUAGCAUCUCCUACCAUAGGCUCCAAGAUAUCCAAGGCCAGUAGGGCAAGUAUAGCAACCAUGCGUGGGGAUGAAAAUGACGUUGAGGAACUUGAAAUGCUUCUCGAGGCCUACUUCAUGCAAAUUGAUGGCACAUUAAACAAAUUGACUACGCUGCGUGAAUACAUUGACAACACCGAAGAUUAUAUCAAUAUCCAGCUUGAUAAUCAUCGAAACCAGCUCAUUCAGUUGGAGCUGUUUCUGAGUGCUGGAACCGUAUGUUUAUCUAUUUACUCGUUGGUAGCUGGAAUUUUCGGUAUGAACAUUCCAUACACUUGGAAUGACCAUCACGGAUACAUGUUUAAAUGGGUGGUCAUCUGCACGGGGAUCUUUUGCGCGGUUCUUUUUGUGCUUAUAAUGUCUUAUGCGCGCUACAAAGGGCUCGUCGGAUCUUGAGGCAGACGAGUGCAACCGGGGUCGAGUAAUCCAAAUUUGGAGCGGCCAAGGUUUUUAUUUCUGGAUAUAGUUAGAUGACAUUUUCCGUCAAAUCUUUUGAUGAGAUAAGAGGUAAAAAGGAAAUCUCAUCAAAUACCCUAGAUUGUGUUGCGUCGUAACGCAAUUUAUUUAAGUUGGGAAUUUGUUGGGCUUACUACUUUUACCUGCUUGGGAAUUUUAGAUUGUUACUACAUUACUUAUUGACUACAUAUUAGUUUUUUUCUUUUUUUUACGACAGUGCAAUAUAACAAACCCUUGCUUCUGUUCAA